AAAAACCUUUCUCUCUCCUUUCUUCCAUUAUUUUACAUCUCACUUCUCUCAAAAACUCAAAUUCUUCCUAAAUUCUCAUCAAUGGAGAUCUACAACUCCCACUCAAUCCUCCACGACAUCAAAUCAAGAGAGCUUCAUGGGUUUAAAGGAAGAAAACGACCGUUUUUCACUUGCAGUACUUCAAUAGAAGAUCAAAACGACGAGCUUAGCUGCAGUAGAGGUGUUUCUAGUUCACAUAAUGGCGUUGAUACUCCUCCUUUAUCUGUCUCAUUUGCUAAGACAAUUAGAACUGCGCAUAUUCUGGGUGUUACUGAUGAAACAGGUUAUGUGAAUUUGAUUGAUACUCGAUUGAAGCUCAAUCAUUCAGCAACCCACCAAGAAAAUGCAGAGAAAUCGAUUGUUUCGAGCUGGCUUGCCCAUGAUAAUUCUGUUUAUGACAUGUGCUGGAUUAAGGAGGAUACUAGUGUUGUUACGGCGUCAGCUGACCACACUAUUAAGGUAUGGGAUGUUGAACGAAAGAAAAGUUAUGGAAUGUUGAGAGGUCAUGCAGGCAGUGUUAAAUCUCUCUCUUGCCAUCCUACAAAUUCCGAUCUUUUUGUAUCUGGCUCAAGAGAUGGGUCCUUUGCACUAUGGGAUCUGAGGUGUAACCCUCGCCAAGGGAAGGAAUGGAUACUGCCAUAUGGACAGGUUAAUGGAGCUCAUAUUUCAGCUAAAAUGAAGCGGAUCAUAAAGAAAAAGGGAGUUUCAAUGGCUGUAACUUCAGUUCUUUAUCUCAAAGACGAAGUCUCUGUUGCCACAGCAGGAUCAGUAGACAGUGUUGUCAAAUUCUGGGACACAAGAAAUCUUCGAAUUCCCAUUGCUCAAGCUUGUCCUCUUCGUGAGUCUACAGGAGAGAGGAAAGGGAGACAAUAUGGUAUAACCAGCCUGUCCCAAGAUUCUAAUGGAGUGUUGCUUUCUGCAUCUUGUACAGAUAACAGAAUAUAUCUAUAUAACAUGCUCCAACUCGAAAAGGGUCCUAUCAGCUCCUUCUCAGGCUGCCGCAUUGCAUCAUUUUUUAUAAAGUCAACCAUCAGCCCAGAUGCAUCUCACAUACUGAGUGGAUCUUUUGACGGAAAUGCUUACAUAUGGCAGGUAGACAGUCCUCAUGAAGAUCCCAUUUCAUUAGCAGGCCAUGAAAAAGAAUGCACAGCAGUUGAUUGGUCUCUACAAGAACCAGGGAAGAUUGCUACAGCAUCAGAUGAUUACACAGUUCGCUAUUGGAAUGUCCAUGAUAGAUGUUGCUUAUUACCAAGAACAACUAAGGUCAGGAGGAGACUGAUGGCAGUUCCUGAAAUCAACUCCAAAGAACUUCCCCUGCAGAGGGAAAUCCCAUGUACUUCAAGUCACAACGAAACAGUAAUACAAGAUAAAAGCUCAGCCGAGAUGAUGAGAACACCAGAAACAACCAACCAGUUCUCCAUAAAUAGGUCACUACAAGGAGUAAACUUAAAUGAGGCCUUUGAUAGAACUCCAGAAUCUGCAGUUAGAAGUCCCUCUUCUGUUCUAUCUCCACCAUCUUCGAUAAAGAAACGGACCAUUCGAGAUUAUUUUGUGGCGUAUUAGGCAUCUGAUUCUGGAAAUGUACAUAUCUUUUCAAAAUGUUUAUAUACUUCUGGUGAUUCUUAGACCAUCCACAGGCCAUUAGCUCUUCUCUUUUUCUCACAAUUUUUGCAGUUGAAAAGCUUGAUGGUAUUGUACUUGGAUGGUCUUCAUUCUAAAGGGCAAAUAAUAGGAGUGUAAUCUAGUCUACAUUUAUACACGAGAAGACCAUUUUUAAAUAGUAUGUGCAACAAAGAUCUUCAUAUUAGGAGUCGAUGAGCUUAGUUGCUAAGCAGUAAGCACCCCAUGGUUUCCGCAAGGUCAUAGGAUUAAAUCCCUACGACCUUAAUCCAAAGAUUGAUACAUUUUUCCAAUUGAUAAUUAAAAAACAAUAUUAUUUGAUGAGUCA